CAAUUAUACAGAGUGAUUACUGAUAUAUAAUAACAAUUACUACUGUUAUAAAAAGUAAGAUUGAUAUUAUCUACUUUCAAUCGUUUCCAUCAAUUAAAUCUUGUAUCAGUUCGCUGCCACUCCGAUAAGAUUUGUGGAUCGAAGCGGGAUUGAAGUGAGCGCAAUUUGUCGAGUUUUCAUCGAUUCAAAUCUGGUUCUACGUAUUAGGAGCGAAUUAACAUAUCGAUGGAAACUAGACCAAUUCUUCACAAAAAUUUAAUUCAUAAGGUGUAUUUCAUGCGUAGCAUGCAGUCGCAGUAGUUCGCUGUUAUUGAUUAAAGUUUGUUUACUAGCUGACGCACUUUCGAUGCAAGAUAAUUUGACCGCACCUCGCUUUGUUGAUUGGAAGUUGAACUGGACGAACAAAUCCUCUGCAAUAAAAUACAGGAGAAACUUAGCAGCGUAUAGCGUAACAUAUAUUAAUGAAUAUAAGAGAAUGGCAUCAAAUGAGAUAAUAAUACCUGAUAAUAUAUGUGGAAUUUGUGAAAAAAUAAUCGAAGAUUCGUUAGUUCCAACUCAUGAAUGCUUCGAAGGAUAUAAAGAGCUCAUUAUUGAUAAUAACAAAAUUUAUCCAGUAUCUGAUACUGCCGGUAUAAUACGACGUGCUAUGGAGCAUGACGUAGAAGACAUUGUAUACGAUGAACCAUCAAGUCAUCCAAAUACAGAUAAUGAUGUUGCGCUUGAGGGAUCAUUUAUUUGUCCGCUAUCCAAAAUGAGCGAAAAUAUUUUACUCAAUUAUUCUUCUAAUUCAACGGAACUAGAAGAAUUGCUUAUUGAAAAGUGUGAAAAACAGGAAGUGUUAUGUAAUUAUGGUCUAUUAGCACAAAGCAACAGUGCAAUAACUGCUAAAUCAUGCGGGGAUGCGGUUUCGGAAUCUCUGCAAGAUAUUAAAAAUAUGACAUUGGAAGAUCCGUGAAACGAUAAACAUUAACAUAAAAAAUAAAGCUUGUGUAUUAAACAAAUUAAAUAAAAACAAAGUUAUUAACACAAAUAAAAAUCCAUAAACAAAUGAAUUAAAAUUAAGAAGGAAUGAUACAAAUCAUUAUUUGUUAUGAUUAAAUUAACUAGUUAUUUCUUUUGAAUUUUC